UUAUAACUCAUAUGUUACCUACCUAUCAAAAUAUUAAAUAACAUGUUACUAUUUCAAAAUUAUUUACAAUUAUAGUUUUAAUAUUUAAUUUGAGACAAUCCCAUUUAAAACAUAAUAUUUAGUCCCCUAUUAUACAUUAUACAACAAAUAAUAACCAAAUAGCCUUAUUGAUUAUCAGUUACAGGUUGGUAUAGGUACCUACAAACAGCACAAACUAUAAUUAUUUAAGUGUAGAAAUAACUUAGCAACAGAUUUUUAAUUUUUAAUUCAUCACAACUUGGAAAAUUUGUAUACAUUAUGAACAAUUGUGAUUGUAAAAAUCAAAAUUGUAAUCACAUUAAUGUUUAUAUACAACCCCUAAGAAGUAAAUCUUGUGCAAAAUAUGGAACUUAUAUUCGUUCAGAUAUUCCUAUGCAGUACAAAACUGAACAAAAGUUGUCUUAUAAAAACCAACCUAUUAAUGAAUUAAUUAAGAUUGAUUCAUCUUCAAAAAGUAACUGCUUUGGAGAUAAUUUAAAAUUUGGUUUUCCAUCAGAAACAACUCAACGAUACAGUUACAAAAAAUGGAUAUUAUCAGAUAAGUUGGUUAUUAAAAAACCAAGAGACUGUUAUGAUUUAAUUGGACGUGGUCCAAUAAAUUUAAAUACUACUAAACAAAUUGACUUCCAAAGAAAGAAUAUUACUCCACAAAGUAGACACUAUGAAAAAUCUUGUAAUAUUUUUAAAUUAAAUACCCCAACUGAAAUUCAUCCAACAACGUAUCAAACAUCAUAUAACAAUUCUAAAAUAGAAAAAAGGAAUGUUGACAUUUUCAAACCUAAAAGUACUUACAUUAUCCCAACAAGAAAAAUGGAAACAAUGACAACAAAUAAUUUAUCUUAUAAAUAUUGGAUCAAUAAUUCAAAUAAUUCAAUUAUAAAAACUAGUUUUAAUUGUCAAACAAAAAAACCAAUAGAUUAUCAAACUAUAUACAAUUAUUACUAUACUGAACCAGGAACGUAUACUAAAAAAGUUACAUUUUCAUCAAAUGAUGAUUUAUGUAUCAAAGAGUGUUGUGAUUGAAAAUGGUUUAAUAAAUAUUUUAACACUUUUAAACUAUGACAUUUUAAAUUUUAUUUUAUUAGAUAAAUAAUAACAAGCCAGGCCCUAUGUGUCAAGAGACAACGUAGGAGAAACAGAGCAAGUAAAAUAGUAAAAUAUUGAUGCAACUUAGCAACAUUGAUCUAUAUUAAGUUAUAGUCCAAUUGAGUUAAAGUUGUGGCAAGGUUAUUGAAUUUAUAUUGUAAUAAUUACAUUACUGCGAAAGAUAGAGGUAAUCAAGCAGAAAGUAGAAAAGUAUCUUUGAUGUUACCAGAGGUUAUAGUCAAAAUCAUAGACUUAAAAUCAUAAAUUUUCACUCAUUUUUUUUUUAUCCAACAAUUAUUGAUUUGAAUCAAGACAAAUUUGGUUUCCCAAAACUAGAUUUAUUAAUUAUUCCUUCGAGAAAGAAGUCAAUUAUUAAUCUUAAUUGAAAUCUUUGUAAAAGAAGUAAAAAUUACAUUAUGGCUUCUAAAAUAAAAUUAUUACAAGUAAUAAGGUUCAUGACAGCAAAUAAACCUGGUCUCAAUCCACAUUAUUCAUCAAUUAGGAUAGAA